GAGUCCACAAAUAUCCACUGUAUAUUUAUAUUUUGUUGUGCGUUGUUCGUUGUUUUUUUCUUGUUUCUUCUUUGCGCUUUGGGCCUUACUCUUUUGUUGUUAAUUGUCCAGCUGCCCGCCUGCGAAUAAUAAUAAUGUCAUAGACGACGUGCCACCACCCACCCCCAAAUCCCCCGCCACAAGAACGUCGGACGACAGCCGCGUCGCGUCGCGUCGCCUUCACAUCAUCCAGCCAUGACCAGCGGCGGCAAUCGAUGAUUGCCAUUCCCUCAGCCAACGAGAGCCACUAGAGGCAGCCGGAAAGGAGGACGCCGGAAGAGUCAGUAACGUCGGAAGAGCCCGCCAAUCGCAAAGCAUCAAUAACCAGCCGGAAGGGGAAUCCCCCAUUGCAACGCCAAGGACUCCACUUACGCGGUAUCACCAUGCUGAUCAAGGAGUACCGCAUUCCGUUGCCCCUCACCGUCGAGGAGUACCGGAUCGCCCAGCUCUACAUGAUUGCGAAAAAGAGUCGCGAGGAGAGUCAUGGCGAGGGCAGUGGCGUUGAGAUAAUCAUCAAUGAGCCGUAUAAGGAUGGACCCGGCGGAAAUGGUCAAUACACAAAGAAGAUCUAUCACGUGGGCAAUCAUCUGCCUGGUUGGAUCAAAAGUCUCUUGCCGAAAAGCGCUUUAACCGUGGAGGAGGAGGCAUGGAAUGCCUAUCCGUAUACCAGGACUCGCUACACCUGUCCGUUUGUGGAGAAGUUCUCGCUGGACAUUGAGACAUACUAUUAUCCGGACAAUGGCUAUCAGGACAAUGUCUUUCAGCUGUCCGGAAGCGAUCUGCGUAAUCGCAUCGUGGACGUGAUUGACAUUGUGAAGGACCAGCUGUGGGGCGGCGACUAUGUAAAGGAGGAGGAUCCCAAGCACUUUGUGUCGGACAAGACGGGCCGUGGACCCUUGGGCGAGGACUGGCUGGAGGAGUAUUGGCGGGAAGUGAAGGGCAAAAAGCAGCCAACACCGCGCAACAUGUCCCUGAUGACCGCCUACAAGAUCUGCCGCGUGGAGUUCCGCUACUGGGGCAUGCAGACCAAGCUGGAGAAGUUCAUCCACGACGUGGCGCUGCGCAAGAUGAUGCUGCGUGCCCAUCGUCAGGCGUGGGCAUGGCAGGACGAAUGGUUCGGCUUGACCAUCGAGGAUAUCCGCGAACUGGAGCGACAGACGCAGCUGGCCCUGGCCAAAAAGAUGGGCGGCGGCGAGGAGUGCAGCGACGACAGCAUCUCGGAGCCGUACGUCAGCACGGCGGCCACCGCCGCCUCCACAACGGGCAGCGAGCGAAAGAAGUCCGCUCCGGCUGUACCGCCGAUUGUCACCCAGCAGCCGCCGAGCGCCGAGGCCAGUUCGGAUGAGGAGGGCGAGGAGGAGGAUGACGACGAGGACGAGAACGAUGCCAUUGGCACGGGCGUGGAUCUGUCCGCCAACCAAGGCGGAUCCGCGCAGCGCUCGCGCUCCCAAAGUAUUCAGAUGGCCCAGAAGGGCAAGUUUGGGUCAAAGGGCGCCCUUCACUCGCCGGUGGGAUCUGCCCACAGCUUUGAUCUCCAGUCCAAAAAGCCGCAUGCAAAGACAGCGCAACGCAGACAUGUGGCAAACUGGCGUAUGGAGCGAUUGGAAGUGGACUCCAAAUCCAAUUCGGAUGAGGAAUUCUUUGAUUGCCUAGACACCAAUGAGACGAACUCGCUGGCCAAGUGGAGCUCGCUGGAGCUGCUGGGCGAGGGCGACGACAGUCCGCCGCCACAUGGCGGACCCUCUAGUUCAGCAUCCGUGGGUGGGCGGGGCAACUCGCGGCAAGAGGACAGCAUAUUCAAUCAGGACUUCUUGAUGCGCGUGGCCUCGGAGCGCGGUAACAAGCGCCAGUUACGCUCCUCGGCCAGCGUGGAUCGCAGCCACGAUUCGUCACCGCCGGGAUCACCGAGCACGCCGUCUUGCCCCACAACCAUUCUGAUCCUGGUGGUCCAUGCGGGCAGCGUUCUGGAUGCGGCUAGCGAGCUGACCGCCAAGAAAUCCGAUGUGACCACUUUCCGUGGCUCCUUCGAGGCGGUGAUGCGGCAGCACUAUCCCAGCCUUCUCACUCAUGUGACCAUCAAAAUGGUGCCGUGCCCCUCAAUUUGCACCGACGCCUUGGGCAUUCUCUCCAGCCUGAGUCCGUACUCCUUUGAUGCAUCGCCCUCGGCGGCGGAUAUACCGAAUAUAGCCGAUGUCCCUAUUGGAGCCAUACCGCUGUUAUCCGUUGCAUCGCCAGAAUUCCACGAGACGGUCAACAAGACGGUUGCCGCUGCCAAUAUUGUCUACCAUGAGUUUUUGAAAUCGGAGGAGGGACACGGAUUCUCCGGCCAGAUUGUCAUGCUGGGCGAUUCGAUGGGCUCGCUGCUGGCGUACGAGGCUCUCUGCCGAUCAAAUGGUAGCCAACCGGGCACGGCUUCGGGCGCCUCGAAUUCCGGUGGAGAUGCAGCCACAAAUAUGAAUACCCACAAUCCGUUGAGCGCUCGAAAUUCGAGGUUGGACGACGAUGAGCGUUUCAUCGAAGCCGAUCUGGAUGCCAAGCGUUUGCUGGUGGCGCCAUCGCCACGUAGACGCCGUUCCAGCUCCUCCAGCGAUUCGCGGGCCACCAAAUUGGACUUCGAGGUCUGUGAUUUCUUCAUGUUCGGAUCGCCGCUGUCCGUGGUACUUGCUGCAAGGAAACUUCACGAUGCCAAAGCCGCCCUGCCGCGGCCCAACUGCCACCAGGUCUACAAUCUGUUCCAUCCAACCGAUCCUAUCGCCUCGCGCCUGGAGCCGCUACUCAGCGCCCGGUUUUCUAUAUUGGCGCCCGUCAAUGUGCCACGGUACGCCAAGUACCCGCUGGGAAAUGGUCAGCCAUUGCAUUUAUUGGAGGUCAUUCAGUCGCAUCCGCAGCACUUCAACGAUGGCAACAACCUAUUGGCUGGUCGCCGUUUGUCGGACGCAUCGAUGCAGAGCACGAUAUCGGGUCUGAUUGAGAAUGUCUCGCUUAGUACGAUCCAUGCCCUGCAAAACAAAUGGUGGGGCACAAAGCGCUUGGAUUUCGCUUUAUAUUGCCCGGAGGGAUUGAGCAACUUCCCGGCUCACGCCUUGCCGCACCUCUUCCACGCCAGCUACUGGGAGAGUCCGGAUGUGAUUGCCUUCAUCCUUCGGCAGAUUGGCAAAUUCGAGGGCAUACCCUUUGUGGGCUCCAACGAUGACAAGGACAAUGCCUCCUUCCAUCCGGGACAGCCGAGGGAGAAGUGGAUCAAGAAACGCACCUCGGUGAAGCUGAAAAAUGUGGCCGCCAAUCAUCGGGCCAACGAUGUGAUCGUGCAGGAGGGCAGGGAGCAGCGAUUGAAUGCGAGAUUUAUGUACGGACCCCUAGACAUGAUCACCCUGCACGGUGAGAAGGUGGAUGUGCACAUUAUGAAGGAUCCGCCGGCGGGCGAGUGGACAUUCCUCAGCACCGAGGUGACGGACAAGAACGGUCGCAUCUCGUACAGCAUUCCGGAUCAGGUAUCCCUUGGCUAUGGCAUAUACCCGGUAAAGAUGGUGGUGCGUGGCGAUCACACCUCGGUCGAUUGCUAUAUGGCGGUGGUUCCGCCGUUGACCGAAUGCGUGGUCUUCAGCAUUGAUGGCUCCUUCACCGCUUCCAUGUCGGUGACGGGCAGGGAUCCCAAGGUACGUGCCGGAGCUGUUGAUGUCUGCCGCCACUGGCAGGAGCUGGGCUACCUGCUCAUCUACAUCACCGGACGACCGGAUAUGCAGCAGCAACGCGUGGUGUCCUGGCUGAGCCAGCACAACUUCCCGCAUGGCCUGAUCUCGUUCGCCGACGGCCUGUCCACCGAUCCAUUGGGCCACAAGACGGCCUAUCUCAACAAUCUUGUGCAGAACCAUGGAAUCUCAAUUACCGCCGCCUACGGCAGCAGCAAGGACAUUAGUGUCUACACGAAUGUUGGCAUGCGAACCGAUCAAAUAUUCAUCGUGGGCAAGGUUGGCAAGAAGCUGCAGUCCAAUGCCACCGUGCUUAGCGAUGGCUAUGCCGCCCACUUGGCCGGUUUGCAGGCUGUGGGUGGUUCGCGUCCGGCGAAGGGCAAUGCACGCAUGGUCAUUCCCCGUGGAUGCUUCAAUCUUCCCGGCCAGACCGCGAAUCCGCGCCGCAGAAGCAACGAGACGGGACUCUCAUCACCCAUACGCAGUGGUUACCUGAAGCGCAAGACCUACCUGAGCCACCACUAGAGCAGCAGAGAUGCAGAUGCAGCUAUAUAGAUCGAUCCAUCAGAUAGAAGUGAAACCAAUGUACUCAGAAAACCCCAAUAGAAAUCCCCUCGAAAUAGCGAAAAACAUGUAUAGAGCCAAUGGACAACAAGACCGAUGCCUCCAUAUGCCACAUCUGUGUAUAUACCAUAUAAAUAUAUAUAUUUAUAUACUAUGCGCGAUAUAAUGAAAGUUAAUGGUGUAAUAUAUACAUAUAUAUAUCGAAUACCAAAUUUGCAAAUGAGUAAAAAACAAUUGUACAACAUUUAACGAAAGUCAAAUGUGUCACGCGGUGAGUAUGCGUAUAAAGCACAAAUUCUAAUACGUUUAAGUUGCAUAUCUAUAUUCGAAAAUCGACUAGUCAUAGGGGUGAUAUGUUACUGAACUCUAAAGUAGUUUGAAAUUAAGAUCAGCGGUGCUAGAAAUGUCUGGUGACUUGAAAUUACCAAAAUGGGUGUCUAAAAGUAUGCAACUCUUUAUUUUAUCCAAUGCAUUGCAAUGUGUGCAGCGGACUUUUAAACACCUUUCUGAAGAAUUCUGAGUUGCCAGGGAAUUUGAUGGUACCAGUGCUUAUCGACGAUAUAUCCCCAUUUCUCAAUAUGAAUUGGUUUAUUAAUGUGUUUGUAUCAUAUUUACCCUUAGGUACCUGGAAAGAAAGACUGUUUCCUCCUGUUGUUUGA